AUGCGUUUCUCUUUGUUUCCAAUCAUUGCCUUGGAGGUACUGCCGGCUUUCUCUUUACCGGCUGGCACAGUUGUCACUUCAGUCGUGCAGCGCAGAGAGCCCUUUCCCAGCUUUCGUUCGAAGGUGCCAAGGGGCAAGCAGUCCGCCCGCGUGGGUGACGCAGCAGCAGCGACAAAUCAAACAGCGUUGGCAGCUACAGAUGUACUGGCCGUUUCAGAGGAGUUCAAGGAGGGAGUAGUGAGGGUUGUCGGCGUGUUCGGUUCGCCCAAUCCCGUCCAGGGUGGAAAUUUGUUUACGAAGAUGAAACUGCCAGCGAAUGCAGCCGGAGCGUUCGAAGUUGAAUACAACGGCACAGCAGCCAACAGCAUCACCAUAGCACCUAAGAUGGCUACAGUCCCACCUCCCGCCGGCUUGAUGUAUAUCGACCCUCUCACUUUCACUGUUACAACGGCGACGCCCCCAGUGGGGGACGACAAACACCAAAUCGACUACAUCUUCGCAGAAGGGUCUAGCAACGCCGUUGACGUGACGAAAUCGGUGGUUGGAAAGCUGGACGCAGCCACAAACCAGUUUGUGACUGAAAAUCUGGGCGAGCUCGAAUUCGAAGCCGAGGAGAACGAAAUUGCCCUGAAGCUCGCUGACAUGAACGGUGAAUGGGCAGUUUUCGUUCCCACCACCGCAGUGAAGGCAGGCGAAGGGGAAGCUGCUGGAGGAGAGGCCGCAGCAGGAGAGAAGGCAGCAGGAGAGGCCGCAGCAGGAGAGAAGGCAGCUGGAGAGAAGGCAGCUGCAGAGAAGGCCGAUGAGUCAGAGGCAGAAGAUGAGUCUGAUUCCGAAGACUAG